CACUUUCGGCAUCGCGGAGAGGAUUUUCGAUCUCGAUUUCACGAUCGACUCCGCGCAAAUCCCCGACAAGACCGCGCUGUUGACAAACCAAAACCUGAUUUACGCGGUAGCGGAGGGUGCUUUGAACUUCAUGAAGGCGAACGGCUUCGUCAACACGACAGGGACGGCAACUCUGGAGCACCAGGCCUUAGAGGAAAGAGCAAACAGCACGACCGGGAAUGAGUUUUUGGAGACGCAGGCGAGCUUCCGCAUCAAGGGCGACAACUACACGAUCGACUCCAUGCCUACGGCCUGGAACCCGG